GGGACCUCAAGCCUCGUAAGAUGUCAUUCAAACGAGCGCCGGCGGCGAGCGUGAAGGUGACGGUCAUCGAGACGCAAUUCGUGCAGACGGACUCGGCCAACUUCAAGUCCGUAGUCCAACGGCUCACCGGCAAGGACUCGGCGGUGGCCGAGGUGGCACUGGCGAGGCCACGUGCGACGAGGAGGAGAUCAGCACAGCCGGAAGAAAGGCUUUGCAGUGAAGGGGAACGAUUUUGGUUGCAGGAAGUGAUGGGGGAGGCUAUGUUUAAGGAAUCGGAGUGGGCGGCAGCCAUGGAGCCAUGUCCAGAAGAAUGGCUCCCGAAGGAAUGCUAAUUGUCGGAGAUUUAGAAUCGUUAAUUGUUGGUGGUGUAAGUGAAUUAGAUAUGUGGUGCAAAUAAACCAUGUCCUUCGAGUA